GGGCAGGUAACAUCUCACCAACGCUGAAGCUAACAGGGUCCUCUUUAGUUAAAGUCUGGGAUUUUUUAGCAUUUUGGUUCAGUUUAUGAACAAAGCACCCCUUUGCUUUUAGCAACAGGGAAGCCAAUCCGAUUGAAUGCCUCCUUUUUUUUUUUUUUUUUUUUUUUUUUUUUUGUUUUGUUAUUUUGUUAUCCCGUUGUGCGCUCGCCGCGCCCGUGCAGCCGCUGUGUGUUAUAGGAAGGACUGGUUUGAAGGCAGAAACAAAGCACCGUUUCCACGGGGAGCCAGGACCCCCCGGGGGGGCUGGAUGAACCUUCUCCCGGCUGGGAGCGGGACUGAGGAGCGGAGCGGCUGCAACGGCCCCCCCCCCUGCUGCCGGUGCGGGUCCGCCAUCCUGCACUGGGACAGAAACCAUCAGCCUCGCACAGCCGGACUGGGAGCAGCUCCAUGGGAUGGGAUCUGGGAGCCCUGCGAGCUCGCCUCAGUCCCUUGGACCCUGCUGCUGGGAAAAGCACCGUGCAGCCAGCUCAGCGGUACUGCCGAGCUGCUCCAAGCCGGCUGGCUGCGUUCAACGGUCAGUUUUGAAGGUUUUGUCUUUGUGUUCCCAUUAGCCACAUCAGUGCAUUUUGAACUGCCGGAAUUUUUGCAGCACAUCAUUCCCACCUUCCCAGGAGUGCUUCUAAUUGCCAUGAAGGACUUCAGCCAGUACCGCAUAUUAAUCCUCACCCUCAGGAUUUCAGACACUUCUAACAGACUGAUAACCAUGGGACAGUGAUGGCACAGACACAGCAGGAUUUUAACGGUGGGAAGAUGCUGAUGGACAAAAAUGAAUCUUGGUUCUCUAAUUUCUCCUCUGCUGCCUCCUCCUUUGUGAAAGGAGGUGGCAGCUGGGCAGGGAUCGGCCUCCACGAGGUGGUCGUCGGGCUGAUACUAACCAUCAUUGACUUGAUCACGCUCCUGGGAAAUACAAUAGUCUUCAUCUGCCCGGUGGUGGAAAAGAGGCUGCGCACCGUCACCUAUAUGUUUAUCAUGUCCUUAGCCAUGGCAGACUUCCUUGUAGCCUGCCUGGUCAUGCCCUUUAGUAUCAUUUACGAGGUGACGGGGAUGUGGUUGUUUGGGAAGCUGUUCUGCAAAGUCUGGAUCUCUUUUGACGUCAUGUUCUGCACCGCAUCCAUUGUCACGCUGUGCUUCAUUAGCCUGGACAGAUACUGCUCCGUGGUGACCCCGUACCACUAUUCAAGAAGGAUGUCCCGUGGCAGAUGCAUCGUGAUGACCUGCAUGGUCUGGGUGUAUUCCUCCCUCAUUUCCUUCCUUCCCGUCAUGCAAGGCUGGAACGAGAUCCCCGGGGUGGACUUUGAUGCAGGCAGAGAAUGCAUCUUUGUCACCAACUGGAUUUUUGCCAUUGUGGCUUCCGCUCUGGCAUUUUUUGUCCCCUUCAUGGUCAUGUGCAGCAUGUACUUCUUCAUCUACCGAGCUUCGCGGCUCAAGGCCACUCGUAUCAUGUCUCAGACCCUGGAGAUUCACUACCACCCCAACAGCAAGCGGCAGAACCAUCUGCAGCUGGAGAACAAGGCCACGCGGACCAUUAGCAUUAUCAUUUCAGUCUUUGUGCUGUGCUGGCUGCCCUACUUUGUCCUGAAUGUCUGGCUCGCUGCCAGAGGCACCGACUCCACCAGCACGGUCUUGGUUGACACCUUCAAGAUCAUCACUUGGUUAGGGUAUUGCAACUCCACCAUCAACCCUAUGCUCUACGCUUUCCUGAACCGGGACUUCCAACGGGCCCUGAAGAAGCUGCUCAUUUGCAGGCACAGGUCUCAGGUGGACAUUGGAGAAGACAUGGUUUCCAUAGCCACGUUUUCCAAGACUGCUCCAGACCUAGAAUAUAGCGUUACGGUGCCAGUGCCUAAUGGUGCCCUAAAGGGCAAACCCAAAUAAUCGGGAUUCAGAAUCAGUUGCUGGAGGUGGUGGUACAGAAAGUGCCAGAGCACAUCCUAAUGGAAAAAUAAUGGGUAGGAAAAUCAGGGAAGGACGAGUUGGAGUAUUACAGGUGGGGGCAUAGGACAAAGAUGCAUUUCUUCUUCUUCCACAGUUUUACGGACAAGGAACUUUGAUAUUUUAGGGGCAAUUUGUUAUAACUAAUGGAGCUAAUUCCUUCCUGGGUAAUUAUUUUUUUAAUGAGCAUUUCCUAAGACAAAAUCAACCUUCAAGCUGGGGGGGGGGGGGGAAAAAAAAAAAAAAAAAAUCAGUGUGAUAAUGUGAACUUGUCUUUGUGUACAUCCUGGUGAUCUACAACAUAAGGUGGGACAGUAUUUCUUUCUUAUCAAGCCACUGUAGCUCUCAUCUUGCAGCUUACAUUACAAAUUUGACCAGUUUUGGUAA